CAACAUAUUUAUACAAAAUGACAAUCAUUGACACUGAAUGUAUUUCAAGGUAAAGGGAAAAAGAAGGUGGCUUAACCAAACGUAACUUUAAACUAAACGACAAAACACAGUGGUACAGACAUGUUUAUAAAGCCGAGGCCGAUUGUUCAUGAUCAAAAAGUGACCAUCCACCACUGGCAGUUACGAGAUUUAUUAUUGACAGAUAAACAAUUUGAAAAUGAAUUGAUUGUCCCGACGGGACAUGAUAUCUAUAAAUAUAACUAUAUUACCGGACAAAGAGGAUAUCUCAUGAAGGGAAUUGGAUAUAACCCUACUUGUAUGGCAUCUGGAUAUGGAUACUGGGCAGCUGGUGGACAACAUGGCGAUUUGACAAUCAAAGAUAUCAAAAGUGACUAUCAGAUGCAUAUAACUUCCGCACCAGGUUGCACGAUUAACAAUGGACUCUGUUUUUCUCGUUGCUUAAACGGAGAAAUAAGGUUAUUGGUGUCAAACAACGAUACGACAAUUCGUGUAUUUAGUGUACCAGACUUGAAGCUGUUGGAGACACUAGAGUUUAGGACAGCUGUAAAUCAUACGUCUGUCAGUCCAAACGGUAGGAAGAUGGUUACUGUCGGAGACGAUAAUCGGGUAUUAUUAUUCAAUAUUUCCUAUUCUGGGAAUUAUGAAUUAAUGCAAACAAUGGCAGUAUCAAAGGAUGCCAAUUUCUCUAUAGCAUGGAAUCAUACAUCUGAUAAAUUUGCAGUGUCGAGUCAGGAUGGGUCUGUGCACGUGUGGGAUAUUCGACAUUCAGAUCCUCUCGCUAAAUUUACAAGUGUUCAUCCUUCGAUUACAAAAGGAGCAGCAAGAUGUGUAAAGUUCACACAAGCGGGAGCCAUCGAUCUGCUAGCAUUUACAGAGCACGUAUCUCACGUUCACGUUAUUGAUGCCCGAACAUUUGAUGGACAACAAACAUUAAGAGUUGGAUCAGCUGGACAUGAUACACCCAUUACUGGUUUAUGUUUUUCUGCGGAUAGUAAAAAAAUGUUUAUAGGCUUAGAGAACGCGGUUUUAGAUUUUAAUGUGGAUACGGGUACACGAAGACGAUUUCCUGGAGGUAUCUUGAUAUAAUGUAAAUUGUUCAUAUGUAUAAACUUCUCUUUGUAUAUUCGGUUUUUUAAAUUAAAGCAAUUGUGUAAUAAAAAUGGUUAAUCUUUAAUUUUAU